AUUUUCACAAUUUGUUUAUAAAAUUUCAAAUUUUUCAAAUCUAAAAUCAAUUAUUAUUCGAUAUUUUGGUGAAAUUUUUUUGUUUUUGUUUCCAAAAAUUUUCAUUUGAUUGAACCACCACGAUAACUAACAAAACAAAAAAAAAAAAACGCAUUCGAUACAUUCAUGUCAUCAUUGGAUCGGCGAUUGGAGCCACAAGUCCAAACACAUUUGAAAAAAGUCUAUUCAACAUUGGCCAUUUCGGUAUUGUCGGCUUCUAUUGGUGGUUAUGUCCAUCUUUAUACUAGCCUUUCGAAUGUUAUUGGAGGAUUCUUGAAUUUUAUCUUUAUGACAGGUCUACUCAUUGCAUUGUAUUCAACACCGGAUAAUGGAAAGAAUCAACCAUUACGUUUGAAUUAUUUGCUUGGUUUUUCAUUCUUUUCUGGCUUUGGCCUCGGUUCAUUGAUUGAACAUUCAUUAUAUAUUAAUCCAAGCAUCUUACCGACGGCAUUUAUGGCAACAGCAUUGAUAUUUGCUUGUUUCACCAUCUCAGCCAUUUAUGGUGAUCGACGUAAAACAUUGUUUUAUGGUGGUAUCCUAUUCUCUGGUCUAUCAUUAUUAACAUACAUGUCGUUGAUUAAUUUGUUCUUCAGAUCACAAUUAAUGUUCAAGGCUUAUGUUUAUAUUGCAUUUGCCAUUAUGUGUGCAUUUGUCAUCUAUGAUACGGCAUUCAUCAUUGAGAAACGUCUUCGUGGCGAUACCGAUUACAUUGGUCAUUCAAUCCUUUUGUUUAUGGAUUUAAUUAGCAUUUUCCGUCAUUUGUUGAUAUUGCUUACCGAAAAGGAACGUAAUGAUCGUCGAAAACGGAAUCGAAACUAAAAAAACAAAAUGAAACUCGAAUCAGUUAAGAAGAUUCAUGUGUAAUUGGAUCUCAAACUAGCGACGAGGAAGUGGGUGGGUACAUGUGACGUUUCUUCAAACAAAAAAAAUUCAUUUAUUUUGUCCACAUUUUUGACAAACACACAUCCACUGCAGAGAAUAAUAAUAAAAAAAAAUCCAAAUGUUAUACAUUAUCAUCAUUAUUAUUAUUAUUACACACAUACAUAAUAAUCAAAUUACAUUACAAAUAUUUUUGUCUGUGUGUGUGUGUGUUAUAAUUGUUAAGAAUUGGUCGAAAUUUCUAUUAUAAAAAAUUAAAUUUUCAAUUUUCAAUCUCUAUAUACAGUCAUACACACACACACAUCUCACAUCCUUUUCCUUGAAUUUUAACUAUUUGACAUUUGACAUAUAAUAAUAAAUAAAUAAAAAUAAAAUCGUUCGCCAUUUA